AGUUGUGAAUUGUCGGUCUCCGUAGAAUGAACUUAUAAGGUUUACCGUAAGAUUUAACUAUAUUAUGGGUUCACUAUUGAGUACUAAAUGUUCUUCUAAUAACAGACUUGAUGGAAAAGUUGCAGUUAUUACCGGAGCUAAUACAGGAAUAGGUAAAGAAACUGCAAAAGACUUUUACAGAAGAGGGGCUACUGUGAUAUUAGCGUGUAGAAAUUUGGAAAAAGCCAAUGAAGCCAUGGACGAUAUAAAGAAGAAUUUUACUCACAGUACAAAUUUGGGCGAAAUUAGAAUUGUAGAACUAGAUUUGAGUAGCCUAGAAUCAGUUCGCGCUUGUGCGAAACAAUUACUGGAUACUGAAGAGGAAAUAAAUAUUUUAAUAAAUAAUGCUGGUAUUAUGAUGAGCCCUUAUAAUAAGACUAAGGAUGGUUUUGAAUUGCAUUUUGCCACUAAUUAUCUGGGCCAUUUUCUGCUUACCAUAUUGUUAUUGCCUAAAAUUUGUAGAUGCGCUCCUGCAAGAAUUAUUAAUGUAUCUUCAGUGUUACAUUGGAUAUUUGGAGGAAUAGAUUAUUCCGAUGUUCACUUUGAUAAGCGUAAAUACCUAGCACUUCAUGCUUACCAACAAAGUAAAUUAGCAAAUAUUUUAUUCACCAAAGAAUUGGCAAAGCGAUUGUCAGAAAAUAACAUAACCGGAGUAAAUGUGUACUGUCUUCAUCCAGGAAUUAUACGUACCGAACUCUCAAGGCACUUGAAUUCCAUAUUUCCAGGCUUGACAUGGAUAUAUGACAGUUUUGGAGCCAUAUUUUUCAAAAAUUCUCUACAGGGAGCACAAACUCAAAUAUAUUGUGCAGUAAGUGAUGAAUGUGCUCACGAAACUGGACUGUACUAUUCAGAAUGUAGACCAACAUGUUGUUCUUCAAGUGCUCGUGACUCGGAAAGUGCUGAGAAACUGUGGCAUAUAAGUCUCAAGUCAGUUGGAUUUGAUCCAAAUACGAAUGUAUUUCAAAUAUGAUUGAUUUGAUUAUUGAUCGCAAAUUACAUUGAUUUCAUCUAUCACCAGCAGCUAUUCUUAUGCUUUGAAAUUAUAUCAGACAUAUUUUAGGUGAUAUUCUGAAAAAUGAACAAGAAUAUAUAAAUAAUAACCAUGAAUAAAACCCCUA